AUGGAAUCAUACUCUAUUCAAGAUUUAGAAAAUAAAUUAAAAACUGACAAGGAAGAAUUAUUAGAAGUAGAAUCAUUGCUAGAAGAAGAUAAUGAUGCAGAAUUACAAAAAUUAAAAGAUGAUUUAAUUGCAAUUAUUAAAACAACUACAGAUUUAAUAUUUAAAAAGAAAAGAGAAUUGGAUAAUAAUAAUAAUAAUAAUAAUAAUGUAAAUACACAACCACCAAUAAUACCACAAACAUCAAAUAGUAAUAUUAAUAUUAAUAGUAAUAGUAAUGGUAACAGUAAUAAUAAUAAUUAUGAUAUUUAUAAUAGCAGUAAUUAUCAACAACCUCAAACACAGCAACAACAAAUAGAACAAUUUAGCGAAGAUAAUAGCUUAACAGUUGGUACAGUUUGCGAAGCUCAAUAUUCAGUUGAUGGGGUUUGGUAUAAAGCAGUUAUAGAUUCAAUUAAUAAAGAUGGUACAUUUAUAGUAACAUAUCCAGAUUAUGGUAACUCUGAAGUGUUAACAUUCGAUAAAAUAAAACCACCAACCAGAUCACAAAAACUACUUUUAAAUCAAAAUUUAGAACAAAAGAAAUAUUUACAAGCUCCAGAUACAAUUCAAUCAAUUCCAAAACAUUUAAGAAUUUUACCAGAGGAUAAUGAAGAAACUAGAAAACAAAAAGAGAAAAGAAUUCGUUCCAUUAAAUCUAUGAAUCGUUUAAAAAAAGUAGAAGAAGAAGGAAAACAAAAAACCCAAGCAUGGAAAGACUUUUUAAACAAACCAAAAAGAUCAGUCCCUGGUACCUUUACUGAUAAGAAAAAAGGUUCAAUGUUUUCAACCAGUGACAGCGCUGGAAGCAAGGUUGGUGUAAUUGGUAGUGGCAGAGGUAUGACAGAAAGCCAACAAUUUCAAGGAUUUUCUAAAAAAGCUCCAUCACAGUUUCAACCUCCAAACUAA